CCGCCAGACGCAGGCUCCAAGCGCAAGCCUGUGGAGAAGCAGGGUGGGGACGAGGGGGUGGGGGCUCAGAGGGUAGGUCCCCUCCUGUGCCAGCUCCCCCCACCCGCCCACCUACCCCAAGCCGGGUUUUUCCUGCUAUUUGUGCUCUGGGAAAGCACGGCUGGGUUCCUGGAAGAGACGCCUAUUACCUUGGCUCUGGAGAAAAAGCGACAGCGCUGGGAUCUGGGCCUGUGCCUGCCCAGCCCAGUCUUGGGGCCUCAGAGCAUCUGGGCGACACUGUUUGGGAAGAGCUCUAUCAAUCUACUUUGUACCAGUGGCACCACAAUGUACCAACAGAACCAGCUAUAAGUAGAGACCAGAGCAGAAGCAUGCUGAGGACCAAGCCCGGCACUCGGUCACCAGCCGGGAGAGUCACUGAGGGAUGAGGACGCCACAGCCCGGUGGAACGCACUUUCUGCUCUCGUGGCCCCGAGCGCGCAGCGCCCAGGAGCCGGGCAGAGCCUGACGCCCUGUCGUCAACCCUCGCGCACGGGGCUCUGCGGGUGACCGGACCGGCCAGCUCCCUGCUGCAUGGAACGGCUGCAGAAGCAACCACUUACCUCCCCUGGGAGCGUCAGCUCCUCCCGAGGCUCCAGUGUUCCUGGCUCUCCCUCCAGCAUCGUGGCCAAGAUGGACAAUCAGGUGCUGGGCUACAAGGACUUGGCUGCCAUCCCCAAGGACAAGGCCAUCCUGGACAUCGAGCGGCCUGACCUCAUGAUCUACGAGCCCCACUUUACCUAUUCUCUCCUGGAACAUGUGGAGCUUCCCAGAAGCCGGGAGCGCUCACUGUCACCCAAAUCCACAUCCCCCCCACCAUCCCCAGAGGUGUGGGCAGAGAGCCGGUCCCCUGGAACCAUCUCUCAGGUUUCAGCCCCAAGAGCCACUGGGACCCCACGGACCAGCCUACCCCAUUUCCACCAUCCUGAGACAACCCGCCCAGAUUCCAACAUCUACAAGAAGCCACCUAUCUACAAGCAGAGAGAGUCCAUGGGAGGGAGCCCUCAGAGCAAGCACCUCAUCGAGGACCUCAUCAUCGAGUCCUCCAAGUUCCCUGCAGCCCAGCCGCCUGACCCCAACCAGCCAGCCAAGAUUGAAACCGACUAUUGGCCAUGCCCCCCGUCGCUGGCCGUCGUGGAGACAGAAUGGAGGAAGCGGAAGGCAUCGAGGAGGGGCGCAGAGGAAGAGGAAGAGGAGGAAGAUGACGACUCUGGGGAAGAGAUGAAGGCUCUCAGGGAGCGUCAGAGAGAGGAACUCAGUAAGGUUACUUCCAACUUGGGAAAGAUGAUCUUGAAAGAAGAGAUGGAAAAGUCAUUGCCUAUCCGGAGGAAAACUCGCUCUCUGCCUGACCGGACACCCUUUCAUACCUCCCUGCAUGCAGGAACAUCAAAGUCAUCUUCUCUCCCCGCCUAUGGCAGGACCACUCUGAGCCGGCUACAGUCCACAGACUUCAGCCCCUCUGGGAGUGAGACUGGAAGCCCAGGCCUGCAGAACGGAGAGGGCCAGAGGGGGAGGAUGGACCGGGGGAACUCCCUGCCCUGUGUGCUGGAGCAGAAGAUCUAUCCCUACGAAAUGCUGGUGGUGACCAAUAAGGGGAGAACCAAACUGCCUCCAGGUGUGGAUCGGAUGAGGCUUGAGAGGCAUCUGUCUGCGGAGGACUUCUCAAGAGUAUUUUCCAUGUCUCCUGAAGAGUUUAGCAAGCUGGCCCUGUGGAAGAGGAAUGAACUCAAGAAAAAGGCCUCUCUCUUCUGACCACCCCUCCCACUCCUUGACUGACCCUGUCCCCUGCUGCUUCAGGGCUCUGGAGCUGGGAUCACUAGACCCCAAAGCAUCAUCCCUUGGGGGAGCAGGGAGGUGGGGUGGAGGUAGGGUUGGCUCCAUUCCCCAGGUGAGGAGGAACCAAGACCUCUGCAGUGCUGGGGUUGUAGGACAUGAACUUGCUUCCCCAUAAUGAGCUAGGGGGGGCCUCCUUCCCUCAUCCCUGGUCCUCACUGCACAGGGCAAACCCAGUCUGGACUCCAGCACACACAGAGUUAAUGUUUGCACCCUCUCCCCACCCCAACCCCACAUGAAGGUCCCCACAAGAGAGUGAGGAGAAACGAGGCAGCAUUAGUGGUCAGGCAUGUUGGCUGUCUUGACCAAAUGGGUGGGUAGGACCCUCGGACCUGCUAGGAGGCAGGUGAGGGUGGGAAGCAGCCAGGCAGGCAGGGAGAGCCCCAGGAUGCUGUGUGCACCCAAGCACGCCUCCUCACCUCACCUUGGACAGCUUUCCCUAUACCUGGGCCUCUGGCUUCUCUGACUCUUAGCAGGAGCAGGCUUGAACUCAGCCUCUAACAAGGAGGCCACCCUGCCCUCCAGCUCACCUUGUCCUCUCCUUGUGACCCCUAAGCUUCAGAGCCUCUUGCUCCAGCCCUGUGGCUUCCCCAGAAGCCUUGGCUUAGAGUGGAGAUGUUGCAGAACCUCAGCCCGCCGUCAGCCUGCAGGCAAAGUCUGCUAGACUUCUAGCACCCAGGUCCCGGGCAGAACCCAGGCCUUCAGGCUCCUUGGAUGGGAUCAAGAGGCCAGGCUGAGUGUCCUGGCUAGCAGGUCCCGUCCAUUCCCACGCAUCCCCCACCACGCUGUCUAAAGAAUGUAAUUUAUUGGGGCACCCCCCCAGCUGCUUUCUCUCCUAACUCUCUGCCCUACUUUAAUCACACUCCCAGCUUUUCUUCUCUACAGAAACAUAUGUGUAUAUAAUUAUAUAUAUAUUUUUGCCUGGGGCUGGGUUUGGUACCUGCCCAGACUCUGGCAUCCCUUUCCACUGUGUGUGUGUGUGAUAAUGCUGUGGGAGGGGGACUCUGCUUGGAAUUAAAAGGUUGCACUGGGCCCCCAAA